AUGACGAAACGAAUGGUUGUUGCCAAAGGAGAUGGGAAGGAUUACUUGGUAGAGUCUCAAGACAUAAUCGUUUCUGGAAGUUUUUGGUUUAACUACAUUCUCAUCAAGCUGCACGUACUGACAAUUUGUAGUGGACCUGAAGAGAGAAAGGAAUCGUUAACUUCGGCUCGCGAAAUCGCUGUUUCGAAUGGUUAUGAAAUCCGAACGUCUGAAACGAGACGAUACCGAAGUGAACGAGCACGACAAGUGGGAAACCCCAUUACAGAUAAGAUACUUCUCUACUUUCCUCACAUCUCCGAUGAAAUGAGCACUGCCAUUAGGCGGUGUCUGAGGAGAGCAGACUUGGAUAGCUCCGUUUCGGUCGUUGAAAUACCACCGAACAAUUUGAAACGUCAGCUAGUUCGGAAUCGUCUGUACGAUACCAUCUGUACAACACCGAACUGUAUUAUUUGUCCCACAGGUAGACCAGGAGACUGCUUGAGAUCCGAGGUAAUCUACCUGAUUUUUUGCACGAACUGUGGCGACGAGUAUGUCGGUGAAACGGCACGACCGCUGUAUGUCCGCAUCAAAGAGCACGUGAACGGCAAGAAUAGAAUUAUGUCAUCAGCACCUGUUUUUGUCAUUGCUCUCUUCUUGAUAAUCAGUUCAAUGGCAGUAGUUCAGAGGAUACCUGAACAGAGAUCGGAUCUGAGUCGGCUCACAGCAGUUGCAAGGGAACUUAAACAAAUUAUGCGACAAGACAAACGAGACUUUAGGUUCCACGCUGCAAGAGGCAAGAAAAAUGAUCCGGAGCGGCAUCGGAGAUAUGGGUUCACGCAUUAA